UCAAGAGCACAUUUAGAGACAGCACCCGAUCAAAUCAUGACUCCAAACAUUAUUACCGAAGCUCAUUCCCACUCAUUCGGUUCUCGAAUGACUGUGGCUCAAAGAAAAGAGGCACAUGAAUUGAGAAAGACUCUCAAGCCAUUGAUGGAAAAAAGAAGGCGGGCUCGCAUUAACGAGAGCCUCAAUCACUUAAAAACACUUAUACUCCCUUUGGUCGGCAAAGACGCUUCACGCUAUUCAAAGCUGGAGAAAGCUGACAUUCUCGAAAUGACUGUGCGGUUCCUCAGAGACCUGCCUUCCUCAUCAGCUAAAGGUCAAACAGGCAGCUAUAAAGAGGGAUAUAAAGCAUGCUUGCAGCGCAUCUCUGCGAUGCUGCCGCAGUCUAACCUCGAAACAGAAACCCGUCAGCGCGUCAACGAGUUCAUCCAGCACUCCACGGUGUCUGCGACGUCCUCCUGCCAGAACUGCUGUUCUCAGAACUCCAGAAUGAUUUCACAAAUGCACCAGAGACUUGUGAGCUUGAGGAACAGCAGCUCUGCAACAGAGAAGCACUCCAUCAGUAGCGCUUCAGCUCCCAGUCAACCUCAGCCUGUGCCACAAGCAGCUGUGCACAUGUGGAGACCCUGGUGACCAAACAAAAGCCUUCGGGGAAAUUGUUUAGUAUUAACUCUGCAUAUUAUUUAUUUGUCAUAGUAGGUUUUAGUUAAAAUGUA